AUGGAGUUGGAGUCCUCUCCGCCUAGAGCAGACACCCUGCCGCCUCCCAUCGCUGGCGUGAAGAGGCCUGCCUCUCUUCUCCCAGCCUUCGAGCCCUCGUCUUCCCCAUCUCUGCCUCGACCUUAUAAACGCUUGGCACGCGAAUCCGGUGAUGAUGUUUCGACAUAUCCAACCCCAGUCCCAACCUCGUCAACGGCAAUAUUGACUUCCUCCCCUCCUCGCAGACAGGCAGUCCGCCCAGGACUUAAACGAACCCUCUCUGUGGCAUCUGAAAGAGCUCCGUUGUCUACUGUGCCUUCGAUAAUGCUACCACCGUCGGGGGAGUCUAUUCUAAUGGGUAGAUCAAGCGGUUCUUGCCAUUUCCAACUGUCAGCCAGCCGAUUGAUAUCGCGGAUUCAUGUCCAGGCCACGUAUAAACCUUCGACAAACCCGUUUGAUAGAGAUAGGAUCGAGAUUCUUUGCACUGGUUGGAAUGGGAUUAAACUACAUUGCCAAGGAAAAACUUAUGAAUUGAACAAGGGCAAAACUUUCACGUCCGAUAUCAAAGACGCGGAUGUGAUGAUCGACGUCCAAGAUGCUCGAGUAUUGGUCCAGUGGCCCAGACACGAGCCAAAAGACUCUGCUUCGACGAGUACCUCCGACCAAACCUGGGAAGAGAGUUCCCCCGUGAGAAAACCUGUGCAUAGUGCCGUGGUCGUGUAUGAGGAUGAGCCUUCUCCCACUCGUCAAAAGGACUCGAAGUCGACCUCUCAGCUUACGGAAGUAGUUUCGAGUCCUUUCCACAAUGAGAAUCUCCGAAAUUCCAUGUCUAGCUCUUGUGACGAUAAGGCUGAAGAGCUAUCAGACCACGACGAGGAAAACGACCCGAUCAUCCACUCCUUUGGACCCUUUGGGGAUAAUAUUCUUCCCCGCAUGGCUUCAUUCAACACAGGAAUGUCUCCAGUUCGAUCUCCCGUCAACAUACGCAAACCGGCUGUUUCACCACGCCAGCACACUGCCGCAAGUAAACCCGUUAAAACGGAAGAUGACCAGCACUCUCUCAAGCAGAACGUGCAGAACCACGUCGUAAACCAGCUGGCGUUUUCUCGAUUGUCAUCGACUCCACUCUCGACGAUUAUCAGCCACCUCCCACCCGAGCUAUGGAAGAAGACCCCUUCAGGUGAUGGCGGGUUUUCUAGCUUAGAGAUCAAAUCCAUCAUCGGCACAAUUGCUUGCAUCGGCGAAGUGAGCAGGGAGGGUAAAGAUGCCGCAGGCAAACCCUUGGAAAGCGAGUAUUACUACAUACCUGAUCUCGACGAGGAUGAAAAGAGAAAGGAGGCUGUAGUUAACGACUUGAUGAAACCUGGCCUGCGGAGUUGCAGAAAACAACACAAGCGAUAUUACUGGCGAAAACCCAAAUAG